AUGUGUAAUGAUUUAGUUAAUCAGGUAGUUAAAUAUGCAAUACCAAUAUUUGAACAAACACAUCCUAACAAGAUAGCUCUAUUUAUGUUUGAUAAUAGUAACAAUUAUGGUUUAUUUGCUAAAGAUGCUCUUUUGGUCUCGCAAAUGAAUAUAAAAGAUGGUAUAAAAAAACUACUUCUUCGUGAUAGUACAAAGCCUGAUAGUUUCAAGCAUAUAAUAACCUAUAAAGACAGUGCUAAUUUCUAUUGUAAACUUAAUUAUAUUGAGUUCAUUUGGGCUGAGGUAAAAUGUUAUACAAGACUUCACUGUGAUUAUAGUUUUAAAGGCCUCAAAAAAACUAUUUCAAAGGCAUUAUAUUUGGUUGGUUUAUUGAAAAUUUGCCACUUUGCUCGCUGUUUUGAAUGUUUUAUAAGUGCUUAUGAGCUUGAACUUUCUAAAAAAGCUGCUAACUUUGCAGUAAAGAAGUAUUGUUCUCAUCAUCGAACUCCAGAACAA